UCAGACGCUUCAUCUGACACGUGAGCGAUGGCUUCACCCACCCAGGAGUCGAACCUGAUCGGUGUGGCUGAUGGAGAGCUCGACCCAAAGAGGUACCAGUCCUCCUUUCUGAUCAACAAAGUGGGGGGGCAGCCGGACUGGUUACCGGUCAUCUCCCGGCAAUCUCCCCGCUGUGGUCGCUGCGGAGCCCCGUUAGCCCAUGUGGCGCAGGUGUAUUGCCCCCUGGAUGCCUCCCCCUACCACAGGAACCUCCACCUGUUCGCGUGCCUGGGUGCAGAGUGCAGCGGCAGGUCGGAGGGUUGGAGGGUGCUCCGCUCUCAGUGUCUGGAGACCGAGGUGGCGGCAUCGCAGACACCCAGCCGACCCGCCCCGCCUCAGGAGGCUCCUCUCUCGGCCACUGACUGGUGUGACACCGCUGAUGACUGGGGCAUGGAGGAGGAGGGGGAUGAUGGGUGGGGAGGAGGUGUGAAGAAGGACACCCAGGUAAAUGAGGAGGCAGCAGCUCCUGAGGCAGAAGCAGGCCGUCCUGUCCUCAGUGAGAUGGAUGUCAGCAGCAGACUUCAGGACCUCACUUUGGGAGAAUCACACGAGGACGUUCCCGUCUUCCGGCCGUUCUUCAUCAGCGUGGUGGAGGAGUCGGACCUGUGUGGAGAGGAGGACGACCUGGAGCACGCUCAGGAGCUGCUGAGGGAGUACGAGAGCAGGGAGGGUGCGGUGGGGGUGAGGGUGGGAGAGGUGGACGGCGGCGAGGAGAAGUACGAGAAGACCAGCGCCAGACACGGAGACGCCGUCUUCUCCAGGUUCAUGAAGAAGAUCUCGCUGUGUCCACAACAGAUCCUGCGCUACUGCCACAAGGGGAAACCGCGCUUCAUCUCCGAGCCGCCGUCCAACAUGGCUCAGGUGGUGACGGCAUGCGGCUCCUGUGGAAGACCCCGGACUUUUGAGCUGCAGCUGAUGCCGGCUCUGGUCAGUCUGCUGAAGAGGAAGGACGGCGGCGCCGAGGCGGAGCUGGAGUUUGGGACGGUCCUGGUUUACACCUGCGCAAACAGCUGCUGGACGGCGGGAUCAGGAUCAGCUGUGGAGGAGUUCUGCUUCGUUCAGGGAGACCCGGACCAGCAGCUCUUUAAAUGACUGACAGUUGGAUCUGAUCCUCACUGUGUCGGCCUGAGGUGACCUGCACCUGAACGUCUGGUCUCUACUGACUUCCAGUGGUUUAAUAUCUCACCUCACUGCAGUGAUGUCGGAGUGUACUCCAGGACACUGUGACAUCAUCGUGGUUACAGGUGAAACAGACCUGAAACUUUAAACCAAAAACAUGCUGCAAAACACUUCAGUCUGUUAUCAGGUUAAUAUUAAAGCUGACAGAGUUUACAGAAAAACUGUAGACAAAGAUUUCAGAUUCA